AUGACCAAACUCUUCACCCCCCUCACCGUCGGCCGCAUGGAGCUCUCCAACCGCAUCGCCAUGGCCCCAAUGACCCGCUUCCGCAUCGACGACAACCACGCCCCCCUCCCCAUCGUGAAAGACUACUACGCCCAGCGCGGCUCAGUCCCCGGCACGCUCCUCAUCAGCGAAGCAACCCUAAUCUCCGCCCGCGCCGGCGGCUUCCCCAACGUGCCGGGCAUCUACAACGACGCCCAGAUAGCCGCCUGGAAAGAAGUCACCGACGCAGUGCACGCCAAGGGCAGCCACAUCUACCUGCAGCUGUGGGGGCUCGGCCGCGUCGCCAACCCCGACUUCCUCAAAGCCAGCAGCGGCGACGAGAUAAUCUCCAGCAGCGCCACGCCCGUCAGCCCGGACGCGCCUGUCCCGCGAGCCCUCUCCGAGUCCGAGAUCCGCGACUGGAUCGCCGACUACGCGCAGGCCGCGCGCAAUGCCAUCGCCGCGGGCUUCGACGGCGUCGAGAUCCACGCUGCGAAUGGCGUGGAGGGGCGGGCGAGGUUUGCGAUUGAGAUUGCGCGCGCCGUGGUUGAUGCUGUUGGUGCGGAUCGGACGGGGAUUCGGUUUAGUCCUUGGAGUCCGUUCCAGGGGAUGAGGAUGGUUGAUCCCAAGCCGCAGUUUGAGUAUUUGGCUAGGCAGUUGGUGCCGAUGGGAUUGGCUUAUGUGCAUUUGGUUGAAUCGCGGAUUGCGGGGAAUGCGGAUGUGGAGCAGGAUGAUCGGUUGGAUUUCUUUUUGCGGGCUUAUGGGAAGGCUUCGCCGGUUAUCAUUGCUGGUGGGUAUGUGGCUGAAUCGGCGGUUCAGGCGGUGGAUGUGAAAUAUAAGGAUUAUGAUGCUGUUAUUGGCAUUGGACGUCCGUUUAUUUCGAAUCCGGAUUUGCCGUUCCGGGUUAAGGAGGGGAUUCCGUUGGUGCCUUAUGAUCGGGAUACCUUUUAUAUCCCUAAGGAUCCUAAGGGAUAUAUUGACUAUGAGUUCAGUGCUGAGUUCAACAAGUCUGUUGAGGCUGUGGCUUGA